CGUUACCCCUCCCCGCGGGCGGGCCGGCGCCGUCCCGGCACUGCAGUCGCCAUAGAGACCGCGCCGCACGCCGUGGGGCGGAGGCUGGGCCGGGGGGUGCCGCUCUAGCCGUCCCCCCCGCGCCGCGCAGACCAUCCCCCGCCGCCGCCGGAGGCGCGGGGCCCCGGAGGGUCUCGCCGUGCCGCGCGCCGCCCCGAGGAGUGGCCGCGUCGGCCCCGUUCCAGACCCUGGUUCAAUGGAAGCCACUCCUGGGAUCUGGAUGGUUUCUACUGACAUAGACUUGGCAUAGCAGCUCAUCCCAUCCGGAGGUUGCAAUGAGUGGAGGAGGGGAGCAGCCUGACAUCCUCAGUGUGGGAAUCUUGGUUAAAGAAAGAUGGAAGGUGUUGAGGAAAAUAGGAGGUGGAGGAUUUGGAGAAAUUUACGAUGCACUGGACUUGCUUACUCGGGAAAAUGUUGCACUGAAGGUCGAAUCAGCUCAGCAGCCAAAGCAAGUACUGAAAAUGGAAGUAGCUGUGUUGAAGAAAUUACAAGGAAAAGAUCAUGUCUGUAGAUUCAUUGGAUGUGGAAGGAAUGACAGAUUUAACUAUGUGGUCAUGCAGUUGCAGGGUCGGAAUUUGGCAGACCUGCGUCGAAGCCAGUCUCGAGGAACAUUCACCAUUAGUACCACUCUGCGACUUGGGAAGCAGAUUUUGGAAUCUAUUGAAAGUAUUCAUUCUGUGGGAUUCUUGCACAGGGACAUAAAACCAUCUAACUUCGCAAUGGGACGUUUUCCUAGCACCUGUAGGAAGUGUUUUAUGCUGGAUUUUGGCUUGGCGCGGCAAUUUACCAACUCAUGUGGGGAUGUCAGACCAAUUUCUUCAGCAGAUACUGCAAAUAACCUGGAACAGUGUAAAAGCAUAUUCUGCAAAAAACAUAGUACUCUAUUGCCACGAGCUGUCGCUGGUUUUCGAGGAACAGUGCGAUACGCAUCCAUCAACGCCCAUAGGAACAGAGAAAUGGGUCGGCAUGAUGACCUCUGGUCCCUGUUCUACAUGUUGGUGGAAUUUGUGGUUGGGCAACUGCCUUGGAGAAAAAUAAAAGAUAAGGAGCAAGUGGGCUCCAUUAAAGAAAGGUACGAGCACAGGCUUAUGUUGAAACAUCUUCCUCAAGAAUUUAACGUCUUUCUGGAUCACAUUUCUAAUUUAGAUUACUUUACAAAGCCUGAUUACCAGCUUCUCAUGUCAGUGUUUGACAACAGCAUGAAAACAUUUGGGGUUAUUGAAAGUGACCCAUUUGACUGGGAGAAGAGUGGAACUGAUGGCUCUCUGACAACAACAACAACUUCAACCACACCUCAGUUACACACUCGUCUUACUCCGGCUGCAAUUGGAAUUGCCAAUGCAACUCCUAUCCCAGGAGAUUUGCUGCGAGAAAACACAGAUGAAGUCUUUCCUGAUGAACAGCUCAGUGAUGGAGAGAAUGGUAUUCCAGUUGCUGUCUCACCAGAGAAACUACCUGGAUCCCCUGGGCAUCAGCGUCCUCAGGAAAAAGAUGUUUGGGAAGAAAUGGAUGCAAACAGAAACAAAAUAAAACUAGGGAUCUGUAAGGCUGCCACAGAGGAAGAAAACAGCCAUGGGCCGGUGAAUGGAAUGCUUAAUGCACCGAGUCUUGGUUCUCCAAUUCGUGUCCGCUCAGAGACCACCCAGGUAGACAGAGAUGUUCCACUGGUGCGAAAGCUGCGUUCAAUUCACAGCUUUGAACUGGAGAAGCGCCUGACGUUGGAGUCAAAGCCAGACACUGAUAAAUUUCUUGAGACCUGUUUGGAGAAGGCGCAGAAAAACUUGAAUGCUGCGACAGAGACUCCUGUUGCUGCUGUUCCUCCCCUUUCUCAGAAAACGCCCAUUCCUGCUCCUGUGACUGCCCGCACAGACCAUGUUUGGCACUAUGAUGAAGAAUAUCUUCCAGAUGCUUCAAAACCUGUGUCACCUAGUUCUCCAGAACAUGUUGAUGGUGUUGUUAGCAAUGGAUUUGUAGCUGUCAACUUAAGCUCCUGCAGGCAGGAGGUUGAUUCUAAGGAAUGGGUGAUAAUAGAUAAGGAACGGGACUUGCAGGACUUCAGGACAAAUGAAGCUUUAAGGCACAAAACAACUGGAAGUCCCUCAGAUGAAGAGCCAGAGGUACUACAAGUUCUAGAGGAGACUUCUCCAGAAGAGCAGCCCAGACACGGUGGUUGGGUAGGACACAGUGUCCAUGCCAAGAACCAAACUUCAGGCGUGGAGUUUGCUCUAGCCGUGGAGUGUCAUCCUACUGCUUCUGAACAGCUUACAGAUAAAUUGGAACUUCUGUCCGGAGCUGCUGGACAGCUUCUUGCAGCCACACCUACAAGUCCUAUGGAAGCUCAAGCAGAAGGAGCACUCACUCCGCUCAACUCAUCUCAUAUGCUGCAUUUCUCCACUCCAAGAAUUUCAAGCCCCAUCCUCCGCACCAUGAGCCCUAUAGCCUAUCUAUCCAUCCACUCGGACCCUCUGAGAGAGGCUGGUUUACCAAGGAGUCAGUCAGCUGAGAGCCACUCCUCUUCCUCCCGCUCAACUGGCCACAGGCAGCUUCCUGUCAUUCCCUGUGGCAACAAGUUCCCCCCUGUCAUUCGCAUCUCAAAAGCACAACUUCAGCAGGUAACAAUACCUAGACCUUCAGUGGCAUCUACACAGUCUGCUUCGGAGAGCUUUCAUUAUGGCCACCAGCUAGAGAAAAGAGAGCUGGAUGCUCAGUCUGUGGAACACACUGUGGAACUUUCCUGUCCAAAGGAAAGUUUGCCAGGUUUGGUUGUGACAGAAGACGCACUUCCAGUUAGUGUCAGCAGACCAGAUUUGGUACUUAAUGUCAACCAGGAGGCGCCUGACAGGGAAGGACUUGUUAAAGAAUCUGUAAGCGUCCUGGACUGUGGCCAGAAAGACCUACCUGAACAACAUGGUGGGAUACAGGAAGAGAAAGAAUUUGAAAAUAUUCCUGUAGAGGCAGCUGAGGAAGAAAGGCUUCUGGUGGUUUCUGAGGACGCAGUUGAAAUGUUAAGCAAAGAACAAAAUUCUUUGCCAGGAAUCUCAAAAUCUGUAGAGGAAGAACCUCUAACGAAUACUGAAGCUGCUGAAGAAUCAAAGCCAAGGCCCCUCUGUUUGGAGCCAAAUCAAGAUGAGGUUCUGAAGUCCAUAGCACCUAAAGCAUCAGAAUUUUCUCUCUCAAGACUUACCAGCCCACAUGUUAAUAGACAGGCAAGCAAGAUAGCACCAGUUCAGGAAAAUGGUUUUCAUUCUAAUAAGGAAGAAGUCCAUAUCCAAGACUUGAAAUGCCACCAAGUGGCCCUUACUACUUUUUUGCACCAGGAGGACAAAAAAGAGAAAAAUGCUCCAAGAAAUGGAGAGUUAAUCCACUGCAUUUCAGAAAAUGAGAGUUCUCAUCGAUCUAAGAAGGACUUAGUUAAAUCUCCUUUUGUAUUUAGGCAGAGUCGAAUCCCAGUUUUGGCACAAGAGAUAGACUCCACAUCAGACUCAUCUUCUCCUGUUUCAGCAAAGGAAAAGCUGCUUCUAAAAAAGGCCCAUCAGACAGACUUGGUCAGACUGCUUAUGGAAAAGAGACAGCUCAAAUCUUUCCUUGGUGACCUCUCAAGUGCCUCUGAUAAGUCACUGGAGGAAAAAAUGGCUGCUGCUCCAGUCCCGUUUUCUGAGAAUGAUGUCUUAUCCUCUUUUUCUAGAUUGACACUGGACUCUCAUUUCAGCAAGCAGACAGAAGAUAGCUCUUUAUCUCCAAGCAGCCCUCAGUCCAGAAAAAGCAAGAUUCCAAGGCCAGUGUCCUGGGCAACCGCUGAUCAAGUCACCAGUUCAAGUUCAACUCCAUUCUUUCCUCGGCCACCACCAGGAAAACCGCCUACUAGACCUGGGGUAGAAGCUAGGUUACGCAGAUACAGAGUCCUAGGAAGUAGCAGCUCGGACUCAGAUCUUAUCUCUCGUCUGGCUCAAAUCCUACAGAAUGGAUCUCAAAGACCAAGGAGUUCUACCCAGUGUAAGAGUCCAGGAUCUCCACAUAGUCCAAAAACACCACCCAAAAGCCCUGUCAUCCCCCGACGCAGUCCCAGUGCCUCCCCUAGGAGCUCUUCUUUACCCCGUACUGCCAGUUCUUCUCCGUCCCGGUCUGGGAGACCUCAUCAUGAUCAGAGGAGUUCAUCCCCACAUCUUGGGAGGAGUAAAUCACCUCCUAGCCAUUCAGGCUCCUCAUCUUCUAGGAGGUCCUGCCAACAAGAGCACUGUUGCAACAAACCAAGCAAGAACGGUCUGAAAGGAUCUGGCAGUUCCUGCCACCAUUCCCCAAACACUAAGACUCCCACAGGAAAGAGCAAAUCAAACACUAAGCUUAGCAGAUAGGAACUGGGCCUUGACAGGAUCUCUGUAGGGAACGUAAGAGUACAGCACCUUUUGCUAUAUUCAGAAGAGAAUAGUGAGUCAGAAGAGUAACACAAGAGUGCAAGCCUGGAAAAGAUGCAGCCAGCUCUCCCUAAUGAUUCCUGUCGUGGGGACACUGGAUGCGUAGGAGACCUUUCAGUUACUGAUCUGCUUGCUGUAGUCAUUUGCCUCUCCAGCCAGCAUCUGUGCUUUUUUAUUUAACCUCUGCCAA